GCUAACGGAGCCUCUGCGCCUCGACGCGAUAAGAAGAAGAAGAAGAAGAAGAAGAAGAAGAAGAAGAAGAAGAAGAAGAAGAAAAACAAGAAGAAAAAGAAGAAGAAGAAGAAAAGCCCUCUGCUGCUGCUGCUGGCAAGACGCCCUCACACCGUCCCAGCCACCGCGCCCAAACAAGCCAAACAGGCCAAAAGCAGCUCAUAUCUCCCCGUAUUUGGCCGACGCCCGCGUGCCUUGCUUUCCUGACGACGUGACUCCCUGAUUGCCACUCCUCGACUGUCUUGACCCCCAACUACCAGAGGACGGCCGCAUCAUGGCUUUCCUGCAGCAACACCGCCCCCAGGGCGCCCGCCAGGCCUCGUACCACGAGCCCGAGCCCGAGCCCGCCACCCAAGCCCCGUCGGCCCUGCCCCAGCUGAAGAGGCCACUGGGGCAAUCCGAGGAAUGGGUCCUCUUCUCCCCUCCUGCUCCCUCGACUACCACCCGCACUCACACCACCUCGACCGAACGCACGCCGCGCACAGCUGGCCUGUCGCGCUUCAGCGAGUUUGGCUCACUGGAAACCGCCGCUCGGUCGGACCACGAUGACGACGGCGCCACGUCACUCGGCACAGAAGAGGAGCUCGACAGCCUCGACGACGGCCUGCAUGCUUUCCACGAGCCGUCCGAGUACGGUGCUCCCGCGGGCAGGCUGGUCCAGAGUGGCGACACGGUGCUGCCCACGCAUGAUGGCCUCGGCGAGUUCAAGCCAGACGCAACCAUGCAAGAACACAUGUGGCAGUUUGAGCGCUCGCGGAGGCGACCCGUCCGCCGGCGCUCCAGUGUCCAGCGACACAUGACUGUGCUCGAAGACGCCGAAGAAACGAACACGGAGCACGAAAAGCGCCUGCGCAUCGAGCGGUGGCGCCUCGAGCAAAGCAAGGCCUUGCUUGAGGAGAUUGAAAGGGAAACCAGGCGACGGCGGCGAAUGAGCAUGGUUAGUGCUACCCGGGGCCGAAGGGAGAGCGCCACCAGCAUACAGCAGCGCCCGCUGCCAAGCACCGUCUCGCACAUUGCCCAAUCUGUAUCCGAUGGACAGAGCGAUUCCUCGGAAGACGGCUCCGACAACCUAUCCUUUUGGCAGCGGAUAACACGCCGCGUCAUUCGCGAUCUUAUCGGCCUCGACGAAGACACGCUGUCAGUCAUAUUCGGAGAGUCAUUGCCAGAAGCAUCAUCAACGCCCACGCCGGGCUCACCUAUGCAGUUUUCCGCAGACAAGGCCCUGCUGGAUGCAGGCAUCGACCCCUCGCGUCUCUCCGACGACGACGCCUGGCAGACCAAGCUACUCGAGAGGGUAGCCGUAGAACUAGGCACUUUGGUCAACCAACUCUCUGAGCAUCCCGGAGCCUUUUCCACCUACCAACGUACACAGUCAGUACCAGACUUUGUAGGUCUUACGCCGGUAAGAUCUAACACGACCCUCGCAUCCGACCCCACAUCCUCACGACCAGCAAGUUCUCAGCCCACAACAUCGCCCGCUUCGGCCCAAUUCGUCCCUACCUUUCCAGCACAAGCAUCCCAUAUCUAUAGCGAAGCCUCGUUGUGGGGCAUCGAAGAAGAGCCCAGCGAAGCCAAUGUCCUGGACUCGUCCCUUGCCCACCCCGCCCCCACGACCAAUAUUGCCGAAGAACUAGCUCGCGAGCGCGAAUACUGGGAGCGUGAGAUUGAUGUCAAGAUGAUCUUCACCUUUUUGAUGAAACGCUUUUCGUCGCGUCACGCGAGCAUGCCUGCCCCUCCUUCGGAAUCAAUCCGCACAUCCAGUGCCCCGCAGUCGGCUGCCCCGGACAACAGCAACAAGAACAACAUGAGCUCGGCACGCCGAGCAGCCAUUAUCCGCCAACACCACCCUUUGGUAAAUAGGACGACGACCGAUGCAAGACUCCCGACGUCGUCCUCUGCCCACGUCGCCAGGGAGUCAUCAUCAUCAUCAUCAUCAAGGCGCUUCACCGCUUACUACGCUCCCCCCACGCAGGGACUAAGGGAAAAGUCAAAGAUGCGCAGCGCCAGUAGCUGCGCUAGCCAAAGCACCAAGAAGAGUAAGCCGAGCGGGGGCUCGGCUAGAAACUACUGGGAUCUAGGCGGUAGUGUAGGCAGUGGCAGUGUCUUGGCUGGUGAGGUCUAGCAAGUUGUGUUGCAUGCGCAUAGUUUAUCACGGUAUUAGACGGCGAUAGAAGAGUAGAGCAUGUGCGUGUUGUUGUUUUUUUUUUCAUAACGUACUGUUGACGUUUUUACCAUGAUUGUCGACGCAUAUCUUUUUUUUUCUCAUAUACGAACAUGAUAUGGAGUUGUGGUUGAAGUAAUUGUCCUCUCUUACGUUGUUGUUGUUGUUGGUGCAAAACUCUACUACUACUAUUACUUACUACUUACUAGAUGGCGACGACGAUGAUGAUGAUGAUGAUGAUGAUGAUGGUGGUGGUGGUGGUGGGUUUUACAUAGCAUGUACAAUAUUGACAAACUUUUU